CUUUGUGAUAGCUAGCUAGCCAAGGAAGGAAGAGGCAUGGCAUCUUCCAUGGUCUCAUCUGCGGCAGUGGCCUCCGUUAACCGUGCCACCCCCGCUCAAGCCAGCGUGGUUGCACCUUUCACUGGCCUUAAAUCAACCUCAGCCUUCCCAGUGACCCGUAAACUCAACAAUGGCAUUACCUCUAUAGCCAGCAAUGGUGGAAGAGUCCAGUGCAGGCAGGUAUGGCCUCCGCUUGGAAAGAAGAAGUUUGAGACUCUGUCUUACCUCCCUGAUCUCUAUCCAGAACAGUUGGCAAAGGAAGUUGAAUACCUUCUUCGCAGCAAAUAGAUUCCUUGCUUGGAAUUUGAAUUGGAGCACGGAUUUGUUUACCGUGAGAACCACAGAUCCCCUGGAUACUACGAUGGGCGCUACUGGACAAUGUGGAAGCUCCCCAUGUUCGGUUGCACAGAUGCAACGCAAGUCUUGAAGGAGCUGGAAGAGGCCAAGAAGGCUUACCCCAAAUCAUUCAUUCGAAUCAUCGGAUUUGACAACAGGCGCCAAGUGCAGUGCAUCAGUUUCAUUGCCUACAAGCUUCCAGGCUUUUAAAUUUAAAAUGCUUCCUGCUCUGUGGGUUUCAAUUUGUUGAUCGUUUCAUUUUUCUUUGGCUU